CGAUAUUUUGAGCUCGAUUCAACACAUCAUUCCCAAUUUCAAAACAUGGGUGCUUCAGAGUCUACUCUACAAGCACCGGGUGACAAAAUCACCACCGUAACUGAGCGAUCCGCAGCCUCUGACCCCAUCUUGGACAAGCUCAAAUCCCUCAAACUGACAUCGCCCAUUCUAACGUCUCCCCCUACAGAGGGUACCUUGACUGAGAUCUUGGUGAGAAGGCCUUCCUCCUCAGUUCCAGCUAUAGUGAAUCCAAAGGUUAUACUGGAGCUCUUCUCAAUCUAUCGUGAGUGGCAAGAGGAAAAGGCUGAAAAAAUCAGCAAAAGACAGGAGGAGAUAGAAAACAAAAUAGAAGUCGCAGAUGCUCUGGCAAUCAAACUUCUUCAGAGAUAUAACUACUCCAUGUCCACAAUGAGGACUACUUCACAGCAUCUAUCGGGAGAUGGUUUCAGAAUCUGUUAACUUGAAAGAGAAGAUUCCUUCUUUCAAUGGUCUUAGGCUCAUAGAACUUUAGAAGGCUCACCAAAUCAUAAUAUCCUGACCAUGUUUAUACUUUGAGGUAGUGAUGAUUGUUGAACCACUUAUUAGUGGAUGAUUACCACCACAUAUUUUUCCGGCUUACCAUUGUUUGUGCAUUCAGUUCAUUCACUUCAGGUGGAAAUUGGUGAGCUCAAAGGAAGGUUGACUGAAGUUAUCAAUAACUGCGACACAUUGUGCAAGAGGAUUGCAGCAGAGGGCCCAGAAUCUCUCCGAUCUUCUGUCAAGCCCUUCGCAUUUUCUACAGUUGACAAAGAUAAAAACUUAGCCUCACCCUCUUGUUUGCCAACAGUUUCAGAAACAAAUUCACCUUCUACUGAUGCAUAGUUAGAUCAGCAGGUUUGGUUCUUGUCCAUAUAUUCAGAGGGCUCCAUGCUUGUUAUUGAAUCUGAGGUAGUUUGGAACUUGAAGGGAUCACAUUCACAUGGUCGUCUAUUAAUAUUGUGUAUAGAGGUUUUCAUUUAAUUGAGAUCUAAUACGUGGCAACCUUUGGAGCUUUCCGGCCAUGUUACAAUGCUACAACAAAGGGAGAUUUGUUCCCUAUCACUGACAUGACAUGUGCAGUCUUUUUUUCGGAGGAAAAAAGAGGAGAACAAAUAAAGAAAGAGAGAGAGGGGGGAUUGCUAAAUUGAGACGGUGUUGAUUCAAACAAUGAGACGUGAUAUCAACGUUUUCGUCCAUUGGCUAGGGAUUUAAAAUAUCGUUUUUGACAUCAACUGUUUUAAGAUGCUUGUUAGUUUUUUUAUAAGUAGUUUUAGACAAAAUUCAUGUAUUCUUAUGCACUCAUUAGAGAGAAAACAGAAAAAAAAAACCCUUAAAAUAUUAGGGUGCGUUUGUUUUGAAU